CUUCCGGUGUAGAAGUACUUACCAUGCCGGUUCUUAGCAGGAUGACUGGUCGUUUGUCUUGCGGUAGAGAUUACCAUUGCUGUCCCGACAUUAAUACUACGUUAGACAACGUCUGUAAAUCGGGGUUUGAUUUUGUGUGCCUACCAAUUGUCAAUCCAAGAUACAAGAGGGAAUUUAUCUAUGGACCAGCCAAGGACAGGCCUGGGGCCAUGACUCGGUCAGAUCUAGUGUUGACUGGACAAGAUUGGAACACUCUCAUUGUCGGGAAGGUUUCACCGUGGAUUCAGCUGGAUUCAGAAGUAGGCACUAUCAGGAAGAACUCUGAACUGGCGUUCAAACAAGAGCUGGCCUAUGCCUCACAUCUGGGUCUGCCUGCCAUCCUCAUCUCCCUGCGCAACAAGAAUGUGAGCAAUGUGGCAAGGUGUCUGAACCAGCAACUCAUAUCCAGCUACUUCCAGCAGCAAUACUGGAUCCAUGUUCCUCUGAUGUCGGCCAAGGAUCAGGUGGACAACCUGAUUGAGGGUGAGGAGGGGACACCCGAGGAGCAGAUUGAGGAUACCUGGGAAUGGUGGCACACAUUCCGGACAGUGUGUGACGGUAACAAGAGGAUCAAGGUGGCCCUGGAGCUGUGUGCUGAUCUCCCUCCAGAUCACAUCCUUGACCGAUGGCUGGCUGAACCAAUCAAGUGUGUCCACAUCUCGACCAGUCUUUUUAUGACCAACAAGAAGGGUUAUCCAGUGCUGUCUAGGGCCCAUCAGCUAUUUCUCUAUAAGCUCUUCAGGUUGGAUGUCCAGUUAGUCCUUACCGGUGUGGAACGACACCAAGACAAAGGUGUCCAUGCCUACCAGCAAUAUCUUGACCACCUGUUCCAGACUCAGCCUCCCACUGAUCCAGUCACUCAGUUUGCUAAAGGAUAUGAAGAUUACCUGCAAUGUCCAUUACAGCCAUUGAUGGAUAACCUGGAGUCACAAACCUAUGAGAUUUUUGAGAAGGAUCCAGUGAAAUACUCGCAGUAUCAAAAGGCAAUUUAUUGUGCUUUACUGGAUAGGAUUCCUCCUGAGGAAAAAGAAACAAAGAGCGUAGUGCUGAUGGUAGUAGGGGCAGGCAGAGGACCACUCGUCAGAGCUGCACUGGCCGCGGCAUACCAGGCGGAACGUAAAAUACGCAAACUCUACGCUGUGGAAAAAAAUCCCAACGCUGUUGUUACUCUAGAGAACAUGAAAGACGAGAUGUGGGGCGACCAGGUGGAUGUGAUCUCAUGCGACAUGCGUCAGUGGCAGGCACCAGAAAAGGCAGACAUCCUGGUCAGUGAGCUACUUGGAUCCUUUGGAGACAAUGAGCUUUCACCUGAAUGUUUAGACGGGGCUCAGAGGUUCUUACAAGAUGAUGGAAUCAGCAUCCCCUGUGAAUAUCAGUCCUAUUUGGCACCCCUCCAAUCAGAGAAACUCCACAACGAGGUCAAAUCAUGCAAGGAAAAGGACAAGCCACUUGAGUAUAACUUUGAGAUGCCAUACGUGGUGCGCCUCCACAACUGCCAGCUGAUCGCUGAACCCAAGCCAGCCUUUCACUUUCAUCAUCCUAACCGUGAAAAGGUGAUAGACAACAGUCGGUAUGCCACUCUGGAGUUUGCUGUAGAGGAGAAUUCGGUGCUGCAUGGUCUUGCCGGCUACUUUGACACAAGACUCUACGGUGAUGUUAUGCUAAGUAUCCUUCCCUCUACACAUUCGACAGGGAUGUUCAGCUGGUUCCCGAUCUUGUUUCCAAUAAAGGUUCCGCAGUACCUAAAGAAAGGGGAAAAACUCUCUGUAGAAAUCUGGAGGUGUGUCAGUGCUAAGAACGUGUGGUAUGAAUGGCUGGUCACAAAACCCCGCGUGAUACCCAUCCAUAACCCUUCUGGACGCUCUUAUACCAUUGGACUGUAACACUGCUGAUUUACACUGCAAGGACUGUAGAGCUGACAAAUAUCAAAAGCCAAGAUCAACAAUAUCAGUUGUAUAAUAUCAGCUGUCUGGUAUUAUAGGGACAAACAGUUCCAACAAUGUAUAAUAUCAGCUGUCUGGUACUAUAGGGACAAACAGUUCCAACAAUAACGAUCAUUGCAUUCUUUAUGUUUUUGUUAAAAUCAAGGAAGUGGACAAUAUUUGAUGUUUUCAAUUUUAAUCAAGUUUACAGACUCACUUUUGUAUGGAUGAUGAACUGAUCCCAAAAAAGGAAUUUGAAAAGAUAUGACCUCUGCAGUAAACUAUGUCUUGUGCUGUCAUGAUGACUAAACGUGUAGGAUUGAAGCUUGUAUUAACAUGAAACAUUCUUGUUACUUUCUUAUGCAGUCCGCAGUUCAACAUUUUCAUUAAAGUUGCACAUUGUACAGUAUUUGAUAUAAGAAAAUGUAUGACUUUGUUUCAUAUACACAGUAGUAAACAUUAUACCUUAUUGUUAAGUAGGCAUGUUAUCAGAUCAGUAAAUUACAAUUGAUCUAA